UCAUUUUAAAAGUGAUAAAAAAUUAGAUUUUUCUAAGUAAAAUAAUCUAAACAUUUUAGGUGAAUGCGUUAUUUUGGUUUCUGUGACCCGGAAGUUUUGAAUCUGUCAAGGGUGUUUUACUUUUAGCAUCUUCUUCUUUUGUCUUUGUUUACAUGUAAAUAAACUGAAAAGUUUGUCAUUUUGGGUGAAGUUGGUGAGUUCAAUGUGACGUGCAGUGAUGAACGGCAGCUCGAACCCGCCUCUGGAUAAAGAAGAGCAUGUGUUGAAGCUCGGGGACAGUUUUGAGAAGAGACCAAAAUCAUCUUUUCACACCAUCAGAUAUGAUUUUAAACCAGCAUCUAUCGAUACGUCCUGUGAAGGAGAUUUGCAAGUAGGAAAAGGAGAUGAGGUUACCAUCACUUUACCACACAUACCAGGCUCCACUCCACCAAUGACAGUGUUUAAGGGCAACAAAAGGCCUUAUCAGAAAGACUGUGUUCUUAUCAUCAAUCAUGACACUGGGGAGUUUAUGUUGGAGAAGCUAAGCAGCAGCAUACAGGUCAAGAAAACACGAGCUGAAGGCAGCAGUAAAAUCCAGGCUCGUAUCGAGCAGCAGUCAGUGAGAGCGAACCAGCUGACGACGUCACAGUUCCGCACGCCAAACAAACCAGGACUGGGGGCCAAAACCUCCCCAACCAAAGACAACCCUUCACCAGAGCCUCAGCUGGACGACAUCAAACGAGAGCUGCGGGCCGAGGUGGACAUGAUCGAGCAAAUGAGCAGCAGUGGCAGCAGCAGCUCUUCAGAAUCUGCCAGUUGCACAGGCAGCGGGAAUGACGACAGUUCCUGCAGCGAUGGAGAACAGGAAACACACCUCUCUCCCAGCAGGAACAACAUGGCCAACGGAAUGAACAAAUCGCAAGGCAACAACCAGCUGAUGAACACACUCCGAAAUGAUCUCCAGCUAAGUGAAUCAGGUAGUGACAGCGACGUCGACUGAUCUCCACCAAUGUUCAGCUCUUGAAAACACAGAUGGUGUUCCCAGCGUUAUGUGUUUUAUAGUUAAUCUCAGUCCUUCUGCAGUGCUUUUAUCUUGAGCUUUUAACAUGGGGAUAUUAUAGGAAGUUUUGAAGAA